CAGCUUGGACAAAAUUCCAAUCAUAUUUGCAGAAUAUGGCCAGUACUGGAAUUAGGUUGUAGUCAUUGGUAGAACAGAGGAACUAAUUUUCUACGUGCACCGGAGUUUUGAAAUGCUAGCGCGCGCUCCACCUCAGCUGCCGCCGGCGCCCCAGCCAGCGGCGCCCAUGCUACUCCGCCGCCCGCAGUUCCCAACGUCCCCCUCAGCGGCCUCCUGGCCGUCGGCCGUCGCAGCCCCGACCUUCAGCGCGCCAAGAUCCAACGGCGGCGCCUACUGGGAGAUCUCGCCGCCGCCACCGCCUCCACAUGUGCCCGGCCCGGCGUCUGCCCAGCUCCGGACAGUACUACCCAUGUCUCCGCGACCCCAGAACCAGCAACACGCCGCCCAUGUUCCUUCGCUGAUGCAGUACGCACUUCUCCAGGCGCCAUCCUUAGCCCGCCUGCUCCCCAACCACCGACGCGCCCAACAUUGAAGUCCGUCUUUACUGUGCCUUCGCCGCGACACGACGCCUACCGCCGCGCCUACGAGCUGGAUCCGAGAGAGCGGAGGGACAUCCUCCUCCCUAGAUGUACGACGCCGAGCCCUGCAUUCAAGCCGCGUCCUGCUUUCAUGCCGGCCGAGCAAGGAUGGACGAAGGUAAAGCCUCGGCGCUGGUGGAGAGAGAAGGGGCAUUCAAGCCAGAGCCAACGGCCCGAUUCAAGGCGACAAGACGGCGCCGGACAUGCGCCUGGAAGAAGGGGCGCUCUCUCCCUGGAAGAAUUCAGAGCAAGAACCAGGGGACGCUGCUUCGUCUGCCUGGCCAGCGACCACCGGGCAUCAGCGUGCCGCGACCCCCCGCGUUGUUUCACCUGUAAUCGUACUGGACACAGGGCGCGCCAUUGCACUUCCCCUCGCCUCGCCCACCGCCCGCCGCACCCACCCACCAGAUCAGCUCGCUUGCCAAGGGCAGCUUCCCCCUCGUCGCACCACUCCACCAGAGCUGCUCGUGCCUCACCAAGAACAAGCAGAUCUCGCACUCCUUGCCCCCACCGCCGACAUGCCUUGAGUGACCGCCACGACAAUCCUCCACCACGCAGAGAGCGCCAGCAAGCGCUGGCCCUUCGCGCUGCCACGCCGCGCUUUCCGCUGCUGCAUAAUCGCUGAGAAGCUGCUCACCUACCACCACCGCCACCUCCCUCCGGUGUGAUGGCGCAACUGGGCGACCCGGAGACACGCCCCCUCGAGGAUGUCGUUUUCAUCCCGACAUCGCACGCCAUCGACGGGGAGUUGCGCGAGUGGGAGAGCACAGCGGCGGUCACCUAGGCGAUGUGUGCCCCGCCAUCUGUCACCGCCAAAGACGUCGAGCGCACCAUCGCCGACAAGUUCGGCCUUCGCACAGGGGAGCUCGCCGUGUUGCUCCACUAUCCAGAGGCCUUCCUCCUCAAGUUCAAGCACCGCCACCAUUGCGAGGAAGCUGUUAAGCAGGCUUCGCCAAGGGUCGGGGAAUUGAAGUCCACUUCAUUCAAUGGCGCAGCUUGAAGAACGCCGCCGGCUCCGCCCUCAUGUACCGGGUCAAGCUAUGCCUCGACGGCGUCCCGAUGCAUCUUUGGGCGCCUGACAUCACCGAGCGCAUCAUCAGCCGGACUUGUACCCUGGAGUUGGUGGAGAUUGAUCUGGUCCACCCCGUCGAAGCCGGCGACAUGAGAGUGAACUUGCUCUGGGCAUGGACUCCGAAUCCGAGCCGCAUCCACAAGCGCGUGUGGCGCGCCAAACCCGCGACCCUCUCCUCGAAUCGAUCACGAUUUUGGAGAUGCCGCCGGAGCACUGGCAACAGGGGGUCAAGCAUCUAGUCCUCUUCCACAUCGAGGAGAUCCACGAUUACACCGCGGUGGCCGUCGACCUCCGCAAUCCUAAGUCCUGCAGGCCGGUGACACGCACUCUGCCGUCAUGGCACUUGGGCGUUCUGGACGGUGAGCGCCCCCCGCCGCGCCUCUUUGAAUAUUUCCCUCACCAUCUGCCGCCGCCGCUGACCUAUACCUUCCGCCACGGCCGCGCGGAAGGCGUGGAGGACAAUGACGCUGCUCUCCAACAGGAGGCUCGCGACCAAGGAAGCAGAACAGUCCGGGACGCCAUUGAUCGUGAUGGUGAACGACUCCAUGGCGAGGAACACCGCGACAGGCGCCACGACAGCCGCGAUAAUCGUGGCGGCCAAGACAGGCGCAGAGGCCGUAACAGGAGAUACAACAACGAUCACCCAGACGAUGAUCUCCACCAUGGCGGGCAGCGCGACAACGACUACGACGACGAUCGCGAUAACAGGGGACGUGAUGUCACAUGCGGGCGAGGUGGCAUCCGCGGCCUGGACGUUAACUUCCGGUGCGAACGCACGCGCUCACCGCGCGCCCGUGACCGUGGCGACACAAGGCGGCGCGACGGGCGGCGUCAUCAGGCUGGCUGCGGUGACAAGGAAGACAGGGACAAUGACUGCGGAAACGGCGACUCCCCCCAAGCGGCCCUCACUCCGACCGUUGCGGCAUCGUCCUCGGCACGGAAUGCUCACCUGACAUCGCCCCCGUUCGACAAGGGGCCUCUGCUCCCGCCGCGUCGUCCGCACGAUGGAGCGGGGUAUGAAGCCCGGUCCGCUGCGUCCAUCCCGGCGGCGCGGGUUUUCGCCCGCAUCAACGAGGCCGUUGCGGCAGCCUCGGCGGAAGGGGCACUGCGGCAGAUGCUAGUUACGGCCGGUGUGGCGGUGGCGCUUGACAAGCUCGCCGCGCCGGUGGCGCUCGACAAACCCGCCGCAAAUGCUGCGGUGCCAUCACCGAUGGUGACAGCCAUGGCGUCGCUGGCGACGAUCAGUUCGACUACAAGGAAGCUAUUGCCGAUCGCGUCCACAGAAAAGACGCUGCUGUCCCUGAACGCUGAGUGCGCUGCGGCGCCAACUCUUCAAGACGCGCUUGCGACGAAUGGCUCGUCCCCGGCCAAGGACACCGAGACAGCACCGGCGCCUGACAUCGCCGAAUUCGACUCCAUUUAGGUGCCGAUCCCCCCUGAUGAUGCACUGGAGGUCGUUCCAAUUCCAGUGACUGCUGACAUGCUGGGUGAAGGACGGCAGAGGAGUCCAAGGCUGGCCCGACAGCCGAUGGCUGGCCUACCGAUGUCGCUGCGGGCGCAGCUCAAUCUCUGCCGGCGCCUGGGUACGGUUCCAACGGAAGGAGUCCUCACCGACAAGGCACUCGCCGACUUCAAAGCGAUGUUCAACAAGACGCAAUCGACGCCCUAGUGCAGCUGGUCGGCUUUGACAAGGAAGACGCGAAGGCGGCGGACAUGGCUCUGGCGAAUUACCUAGGCCCCUCUGACAUUGGCUGCCAGGAGGAGAUUGCUGCGGCGUGAGCAAGCUGUGCUCUGCGCACCGGCAAACGGAGUCCUCUGUCUCCAUGUAUCGAUUUCCUUUGCUUCCUUCGUAUCCGCGUGAGACUCGGACGCGCGCUACCGUUAAGAGGGGCGGCAUCGCCAGACAUUGCUACUCCGCUAUUCGCAGCAA